AUGUCUCUGGAUCCACCCACUUAUCUCUAUUCGUUGAUGAACAACAUUCGCCAACGACCAAUACCUUGGGAUGGCGCUGUACGAGCUGGCACAAUCACCGAGGAUCAAUUGAGCAAGAUUCGAGCCGUUGACAAAGUAAGAAAGGAGCAAAGGAAGGAGAACGUAGAGAAAGAUCCGGAUGCGUAUAGAACGCUUUUUGUUGGUUCGGAAGAAGAAUCGAGCGUCUUGGAAUCGGCGACGAGAGCAAAGCGCCCGGAUGUUGUUCAGUAUAUGUUGGUCUUGUUGGGCGAUUUACUUGAUGGCAUUCCAACGUUAUCAAAGACUCUUUCGGAACACGAUGAUCCGUACAGACCCUUCCUCCCACUACUUGGCCAAUCCAAUGAACUCGAAAGCCCCAUACCCUUACUCGCCUCUACGGUUCUCACAAGCAUAAUAUCAGGCUCCAAAGAUGCAUCCAAGAAUGCAUUGGAAGCAAUGCCAAAACUGUUCCACUAUCUAUCAACACUGGCAAAGAGCUCAGACGGUGGUUUACAAGAUAUAGCAGUUUUACAAUACUCAUCAUUGUUACAAGGUAAGAAAUCGAGAGAGCUAUUCUGGGAUCAGAGGUCGGAGACAAUCGAGCCCUUAGUUGCCAUCUUAAAACUAGCCGCAGGGGUUGCCAAUGGCGAUUCUGCGUCAACAUUAUGGAGUGGGGCUGCAAGUAUUCGAAGCGGACCCGAAGGGACAUUAGGUGGCGGAGUUGGCCUACAAUUGCUCUAUCACAUACUUCUGGUUUUGUGGCAGUUGAGCUUCGAGGGUGCUGCGAUGGGAGAGGGACUCGAGGACGAGUACGAUAUCAUUCCACUGUAUACGCAACUUCUGAGGUUGUCGCCAAAAGAAAAGACAACUCGGUUGUUAAUAUCUUCUCUGUACAACCUCCUCUCUUCGAACCAGAGCUCAUUGCUCCCUGUGGCAGUCUUUGCACGUCUCCCAGCUCUUCUACAGAAUCUGAAUGGACGUCAUCUCACAGACGAGGAUCUUUUGGAGGAUCUUAAGAAAGUGAGCGAACUACUAGAGGAGCACACAAAGACUCAAACCACUUUCGACGAAUACGCUGCAGAGGUCCAUUCGGGCCACCUACGCUGGUCACCGCCCCAUCGAAAUCAAAUAUUUUGGGCCGAGAACGCUCGCAAAAUUCUCGAUUACGAGCAAGGCGAGUUAUGCAAGAAGCUUGCAGAGAUUAUGAGUAAGCCUUGGGAGAAUGACAAACAAGUUCUUGCUAUUGCAUGCAAUGAUGUCGGGUACUUGGUUAAAGAGGUUCCAGAGAAGAGGUAUCAGUUAGAAAGACUGGGCCUCAAAACUAGAGUUAUGGAAUUGAUGACGGAGCCUGAUGAGACAGUGAGAUGGGAGAGUUUAAAUGCUCUUUCGGGGUGGUUGAGAUACAGUUUUGAGACGAAGUGA